UCGGUUAACCUCCGGCCUCAUAGCACGACACCUCCCAAAACCCUUGCUGAGGUUUCGCGAGGGCCUUCUCGAAGCCUAUCCGCCACCGCCUCCUCCUCCACCCCGGACUCUUAUCUCGAUCCCGGGCUAACGCUGGCUUCCACAGCUUCCUCCCUCCCGAUCCCUCUAUGGCGAGCCCACGAGCUCGGCGGCAGAAUGUCGCGGCAGAAACCCUCCGAGAACUCGGUCCUCCACCUCCCGUUUCCGUCCUGUCUGACCUCGACUGGCCCUCGCCCAGUCCCCGGUCGCUGCGUUCCCCUCAGUGCCCUCCGUUCGUCCCCGUUCCCUCUCCGAUCCGAACCGCAGGAGCCCGAGGACUCAUUCCCGGUGGUCUUCUCCCAGAUAAGCCCGCUCCAAUCCCCUCUUGUGUUAGACCCUGAUGAUGUCGUAGACGAUGAUGCCGCGGGCUACCUCAACGGGGCUUAUAAUUCUUCGUGGCUUGGCCGCGGCAUCGCGCUUGAUUUCCCUGGAGAAGCGGUAAAGACGGUCAUUUGCGAAGAGCCGGCUUGGAUUCCUCCGGGUUACUCAAUCGAGCUCGUUGCGGAGAGCCAUGUCGGGAGCUUGGAAUCUCGGAGGGCAGAAAGGAGAAAGUAUAAUUCUCUGAGGAGGAGACAGAUUAAGGCGGAAACGGAGGCGUGGGAGAGGGCCGCGCAGGAGUACAAAGAAUUGGAGAGGGAGAUGCUCGAGAAGAAGCUGGCCCCGAGCUUGCCGUAUGUGAAAUCACUUUUCUUGGGCUGGUUCGAGCCAUUGCGGGAUGUAAUUGAGAGGGAGCAGAGGUUGCAGAAGACAAAGAUGCAGAAGGCUGCCUAUGCCCCCCAUAUUGGGCUCCUCCCGGCUGAUAAGAUGGCAGUCAUUGUGAUGCAUAAGAUGAUGGGGCUAUUGAUGGUGGGCCAGGAGGAUGGGUGCAUCCGGCUUGUUCAAGCAGCAAUUCGAAUUGGGGAAGCAAUAGAACAGGAGUUUAAGAUUCAGGCUUAUCUCGAGAAGAGUAAGAGACCAAGAAGAAGGAAAAAUGAAGGUGAUCGAAAUAUUAUCUUGUGCACACAGCAAGAGAUCUUGAGGAAAAAGGUGAUGAAAUUGAUAAAAAUGAAAAGACUGAUUGAGGUUCAGAAGCUUCUAAGAAAUGAGAUUGAGAUGGAGUCUUGGGGUCGUGAUGGCCAAGCCAAGCUGGGGAGUCGCUUAAUUGAAUUACUCUUAGAAUCAGCAUUUGUACAAGUACCAUGUGAUAGUUUAGCAGACUGUCCACCUGAAAUUUUGCCUGCUUUUAGACACACAUUUAAAAAUAUUUCCAAGGAAAAUGGCAAAUCAAUCAAUAGAUACGGGGUUAUAGAAUGUGAUCCAUUAGUCCACAAGGGUUUCGAUAGCACUGCGAGGUAUAUGGUCAUCCCUUACCUCCCAAUGUUGAUACCGCCAAAAAGUUGGAAGGGGUACGACAAUGGUGGACAUCUGUUUCUGCCUUCAUAUGUUAUGCGGACACAUGGGGCACAAGAACAACAAAAAGCAAUUAAAAGUGUCCCGAGAAAGCAGCUGCAGAAAGUAUUUGAGGCACUAGAUACACUUGGAAGAACAAAAUGGAGGAUAAAUAGAAGAAUUCUUGAUGUUAUAGAGAUUGUUUGGAGCAGAGGGGGAGGUAUUGCAGGUUUGGUUGAUCGAAAAGAUAUCCAACUACCUGAUAGACCUGAGACUGAGGAUUUGACUGAGAUCAAGAAAUGGAGGUGGAGCACUAGAAAAGCUAAAAAGGCUAAUAGCGAGAUGCAUGCUCAACGUUGUGAUGUAGAACUUAAGCUUUCUGUAGCACAUAAAAUGAGGGAUGAGGAAGGAUUCUAUUAUCCUCAUAAUAUUGACUUCCGAGGUCGUGCAUACCCGAUGCAUUCACAUCUAAACCAUUUGAGUUCAGAUCUAUGUCGAGGAAUUCUGGAAUUUGCUGAAGGAAAACCCCUGGGGAAAUCUGGUUUACACUGGCUGAAAAUACAUUUGGCAAACAUAUAUGGUGGAGGUGUUGAAAAGCUUUCCUAUGACAGGAGGCUGACUUUUGUCAAGAACCAUUUGAGAGAUAUAUUUGAUUCAGCAGAAAAUCCUAUUGAUGGUAACCGCUGGUGGAUAAGUGCUGAAGAUCCAUUCCAGUGCUUGGCUGCAUGUAUUGAUCUUACCAAAGCCUUAAAAAGCUCAUCGCCACACAUGGCCAUCUCUCACUUGCCCAUUCAUCAGGAUGGUUCUUGUAAUGGUUUGCAGCAUUAUGCAGCUCUAGGGAGAGACUGUUUGGAGGCAGCUGCUGUUAACUUGGUCGCUGGAGAAAAACCUGCAGAUGUUUAUUCAGAGAUAGCUAUGAGGGUCAGAGAAAUCAUACAAAAAGACUCCCAGAAAGAUCCUACUGUUGAUCCGACAGCUUUGUUGGCUAAAGUCCUAGUUGAUCAGGUGGAUCGGAAGCUUGUUAAGCAAACGGUAAUGACAUCAGUUUAUGGUGUCACAUAUGUUGGUGCCCGGGAACAGAUCAAGAGGAGGCUUGAAGAGAAGGGACUGAUUACUGAUGAUAGACUACUAUUUGGUGCAUCUUGCUAUGCUGCUAAAGUGACUUUGAAUGCUCUAGGUGAGAUGUUUGAAGCUGCACGUGGUAUUAUGAAAUGGUUGGGAGAUUGUGCAAAGAUCAUUGCUUCAGAAAAUGAGCCUGUGAAAUGGACGACUCCUCUUGGGCUCCCGGUUGUUCAGCCUUAUAGAAAUUCUGAGAGACAUCAGAUAAGAACUUCCCUCCAGGUUCUGACAUUACAAAGGGAGGGUCAAUCGCAGGUUUCAGUUAAGCGGCAGAAGACAGCUUUUCCGCCAAAUUUUGUACACUCUCUUGAUGGUUCACACAUGAUGAUGACUGCUAUCUCUUGCAAAAAUGCUGGCUUACAUUUUGCAGGAGUACACGAUUCCUUUUGGACCCAUGCAUGUGAUGUUGACAGGAUGAACCAAAUCUUAAGAGAGGAAUUUGUGGCUCUUUACAACAUUCCAAUUCUGGAGAACUUGCUCGAUGGUUUCCAAACAUCCUUCCCGACGCUGACAUUUCCUCCACUGCCAGAUCGAGGCGAUUUUGACCUUAAAAAAGUUUUGGAGUCUCCUUACUUUUUCAACUGAUUCAUAUUCGUUAUUUUGAUUCCAGUUAUGUUAACUGACUGGCCUCAAGCUCCUCAUUGAAGGUCCAGUACCUCAUGCUAGACAGAACAAAUACGCUACAGAUAGAGCAAUCAGGACAUGCAGGCUUGGCAGAAAAGUGGCACCUGAGAUGUAAAGCAGAAGCAUAUAAAACACCACAUGAAUUUUACAUGGAUAGAAACAUGUGAGGAUGCUGCUUUCCAGAUUGCAUGAGAGUAACUAAUCGCUGACACUGGUUAGGGAUGACCUCAGUUGCUUGAGAUGAGGUAUGCUGAAUUUUAUUAUUUGUCUCUGCCUCUUUUCGAAGUUUACCUUUGUUGUCAAAAGGCAAAACAAUAAUAUAUUCUCAUUUUUUUUAUUGACACUUGUACAAUAUUUUGGGAAAAAUUAGUAAUACACCAAAUAAAGUUGUUCCAAAUCGCUAGAAUA